UCCAUCGCCAUGGCCAGCACGCGCUCGUCGCCCCCCAGCCGCGCGGCCACGGCGGCCACCUGCCUGCUGCUGCUGUGCGGGCUGUCUGCCACCCGCGCUGACUCCUCGUCGUCCUCGUCCUCCUCAGAGGAGCACGUCAACGACGUCCUGGAGGCCGGGGUCCAGGAGUGUGCUCGUAAGCACGCGCCCCCGAUGGUCGGCGGGGGAGACUACAGCGAGCUGGCCAAGCUCACGUCGUGCGUGUCUGACGGCAUGGAGGCCCUCGAGGCCGGCACCGCCCCCGCCGUGGUCGACCAGCAGAUCGAGGACUGCGUCAACGGCAAGCCGUUCCCCGACCCCCUCAAGCCGGUGGUCGCGUCGUUUCUCAACUGUGUAGGUGGCGUUCUCAAGUAACAACUCGGAACUUCCGAGCACCCUCCCUCUGAUGCACCCAGAUCCCCUGGAAACGAGGAUGAGGUUGGGAGGAAAUAAAACCAAGUUGUUGGCUAAAGCAUUA